AAUUUUAUGUCUCUGUGAGGAGGCACGGAUGUGCCUCGGGCAGGUGUAAUAUGUACUCACCGAUUCACGAUAACCAGGUGACGACAUUCGCUAUUCGAUUCGAACUUAGAAGAUUUAUUCAUGCUACACAAAAAUUUGAACGAAAAAUGAGAACCAGAAAUGAGCGAACCGAUACUUUUCUCCUUUUUAGGUCAUUCUUGAUAGCACACACCUGCGAGUGUAAGGUCACGUGAGUUUAUUACAGUUGGUAUGCCACAUCGUGCAAACAUACUUACUUCAUACCAUUGAUUAAUUCAUCAACUGACGAAUGUCAAAUGCCGCUUUAUAUAACCCAUAAGUCAUGAAUAAACAAAAGACCUCCAAACUCGCUCUCCACUACAUUAGUUAAUGGUGUACGGGUGUUUUACCCUGCCCAUGUCUUUUAUACCGCUUGACACUCUUCGUCCAUCCACUCAGCAAUCAUGGAUUCCUUCGAGACGAGCUCUCAGUUCGUUCAGAUCUUAAAAAGUCUUGUUCCUCAAGCUCAGUCACUUUUGAAAGCAGCCCAUUAUGCACUCAAAAAUGCAGAAAGUGAAGACUAUCUAUACUAUGCGAUCAUUGACAUACUUGAAGAUCAGAAGGUCGAAUUGAACACCAAGUCCACAAUUUUUCAGUUCAUAGACAUCUUGAUACACGAGUCAUUUCAUGCUUCUCAACAAGCACACACGAACUACAACUACCCAUACGUGCACAACCUUAAAAAUCUGUUGCCAAAGAUCCUCAUUAAAGUGCUCCCAUCCAAUAGUAACGCCAAUUUGUUCAACAUACAUGAUAACUUAAAGAAUAUUUCUGAGGCGUUGAAUGUUAAUUACUCUGAUUUUGAACUGAAAUUCAAUGAUGUUGAGUCUUCGCUCACGGAUGAAGAGCUAGAAAAUGUAAACAUGAACAUACCAUAUCCAGAAAUAACCUUGGAGGAUAUGAAGAUGGAGUAUCAAGAUCCUGUUUUGCAGGCUUGGCAAAUCCUUUUGAAAAAAAGACAGCAAAGUCAUUAUGAAAGACUCAGGCUUUUGAAGCAUGAGCCAUUCAAAGACGGUGAGGUGACGGAGGAUGACAUGUUUCUUAUCCGUCCCUCUAGACCAGACCCUCUGAAAAAGAUAAAUGAAAAUUUACUUUCAAGAAAGCAGAUCCUUGCGAGAAUGGAAGAUGACAGAGAGACCCAUAAAAAAUCAAAGGAGACACUUUGGCUCGUUAGCAGACCAAGCGGGGCAAACACAGUCAGCGAAGAUGAAUUUUUAAACUAUUAUUGGGAUAGGAUGGACAAAGUUUCUGACGCUCAGGCUGGUGAAUUCUUUGGAGCUUUUGAUGAACUAAAUAAACUUGCUGGCGCUAGUUACAAAGACCCACAAUUCUAAAUGUUGAUUGACUUUACUGAUUUCUAUCAGAUAUGAUGGCCAAAAGUUCGUUUUGACCAGUUGCGACGUAUUUGGCUGAGGUCCGCGUUUCUUUUAUUCCAUCCCAAACAGCAACUGUAAGACCAAGACGCAAAGAUCCUUGUUUCUCGAGUGAAGUGAUGAAGUCAUAAAUAUUUUCAUCCAAGGGAUUGAGCCCACCAGCAUAAAAUAUAUUCUUUAUCUUCUCAUCGAUGUUUGGGAGGUGGACCUCAGGUGAACGGGAUUCGGACAGAACAUCAAAAAUAUCACCACUAGACUCAGCUCUUUUCAUCAUGAACUUUUGGGUCAAUUCAAUAGCCGGUAAAGCGCCCGUAUAGAAGGAAUAUAGGAACUUGAAAGCCUGUAAAGAUGUAUCUUUUUGUUGCACCACGACACUAUCAUUAACAAUUGUAGCAUGCAAGCCUUCCGCUUCACCGAAGGAGUCAUUGACCAUCUGUACACAUUCACCCA